AUGUUGAGAGCUUCUAGAAUACCAUUGGCUAAAUUAUCGCCAUUACUCACAAAAUCUAGUCCAAUAAUAACAAAACAUUCAUUUUCUUCAUUAUCAAGAUUACAAGCCAGUCAUGAACCAGAAGGUCCAAAACCAUUUACAACUGCUCUUGGAACUCCAGCUCAAAAAUAUUCUAGUGAAGGAGCCAUUUUUGGUAAAACAACAUUUUCUGAAGUAUUAGAUGAAGUUGAUAUGGUUUGGGGUAGAGAUGAUGAUCCUAAAAAGAUUGAAAAACAAAAUUCUAAAAUUAGACAUUUCACAAUUAAUUUUGGUCCUCAACAUCCAGCUGCUCAUGGUGUGUUAAGAUUAAUUUUAGAAUUACAUGGUGAAGAAAUUGUUAGAGCUGAUCCUCAUGUUGGUUUAUUACAUCGUGGUACUGAAAAAUUAAUUGAAAUUAAAACUUAUAUGCAAGCUUUACCAUAUUUUGAUAGAUUAGAUUAUGUUUCUAUGAUGACCAAUGAAUUAGUAUUUGCUUUAGCUGUUGAAAAAUUAUUAAAUGUUGAAAUUCCUUUAAGAGCUAAAUAUAUUAGAACUUUAUUUGGAGAAAUUACUAGAAUUUUAAAUCAUUGUAUGUCAGUUUUAUCACAUGUUAUGGAUGUCGGUGGUUUAACUCCUUUCCUUUGGGGUUUUGAAGAACGUGAAAAAUUAAUGGAAUUUUAUGAAAGAGUUUCUGGUGCUAGAUUACAUGCAGCUUAUGUUAGACCAGGAGGUGUUAGUCAAGAUUUACCAGUUGGAUUAUUAGAUGAUAUUUAUAUGUGGGCUACACAAUUUGGUGAUAGAAUUGAUGAAACUGAAGAAUUAGUUACUGAUAAUCGUAUUUGGAAAGAUAGAACUAUUGGAGUUGGUGUUGUAAGUGCAGAAGAUGCAUUAAAUUAUUCACUUUCUGGUGUUAUGUUAAGAGGUUCAGGUAUUCCAUUUGAUAUUAGAAAAUCUCAACCUUAUGAUGCUUAUGAUUUAGUUGAUUUUGAUAUUGCUGUUGGUAUAAAUGGUGAUUGUUAUGAUCGUUAUUUAAUUAGAAUGGCAGAAUUCAGACAAUCUUUAAGAAUUAUUUUCCAAUGUAUUAAUGAUAUUCCUGAAGGUCCAGUUAAAGUUGAAGAUUUUAAGAUUUCUCCUCCUGCUCGUUCAGUUAUGAAAGAAGAUAUGGAAGCUCUUAUUCAUCAUUUCCUUUUAUUUACUAAAGGUUUUGCUGUUCCUCAAGGUGAAACUUAUACUGCAAUUGAAGCUCCAAAGGGUGAAAUGGCAGUUUAUGUAGUUAGUGAUGGAUCUGAAAGACCUUAUAGAUGUAAAAUUAGAGCUCCAGGUUUUGCUCAUUUAGGAGCCUUUGAUCAUAUCUCAAGAGGUAAUUUAUUGGCAGAUGCUGUCGCCAUUAUCGGUACUAUGGAUUUAGUUUUCGGUGAAGUCGAUCGUUAG